AUGGUUGAUUUCUUGGAUAAGGAUGUGACUAAAAUUUCUGAGGUUACAGAUAUAUUAAUUUUAGAGCAAGAUGAUGUAUUCAAAUUAGAAUAUAAUCUUGAAAACUGUGAAGAUUCUUUACAAUUGGAGUCAUAUGACAUUAAAGAAUCUCAGUAUAAUGAAGUUAUUGUCAAGUUGGAUAAAAAUAUAAUUGUGAAAUAG